CGCACACCCACGUAGUAGGUUGGCAGAGAACAACUGUCAACGUAUGUAAAUGUCAUCCACCCCCUUCAAUAUCUUUCCUUUGCAAUAAUAAUUUAAAGUACAGAUUAAAAUGAGCACUAAAAGUGAAAAAGAUAAAAGUAAACAAAUACAAGAAAAGUGUCAGUCAGUAAUAAACGCGUUAUUAAAAGACGAGGACAACAAAUACUGCGUGGAUUGUGAUUCAAAAGGUCCGAGAUGGGCGUCAUGGAAUUUGGGUGUAUUUCUAUGUAUACGUUGUGCCGGAAUUCACAGAAAUCUAGGAGUCCAUAUUUCAAAAGUGAAAUCGGUUAAUUUAGAUUCAUGGACACCCGAGCAGGUUGUUUCGUUACAACAAAUGGGAAAUUCUCGAGCGAGAGCCGUCUAUGAAGCUAAUUUGCCCGACAAUUUUCGAAGACCUCAAACUGAUUCAAGCCUAGAAUCGUUUAUACGGGCAAAAUACGAACAUAAAAAGUACAUUGCUCGCGAAUGGGUGCCUCCACCACUACCGAAAGUGAAUUGGGAAAAAGAGAUUGAUGAAGAAAUUGAGAGACAAAAACGAAAAAAGAAAACUUCUUUAGAAAAGAAACAAUCAAACAUGGUUGAAGUACCUCAGUUACCCAAACCAAAAGCUGUGAGUCCUAAACCAACACGUCAAUCAAACGCCAACACUGAAUCUAAAGAUUCGGACAUAUUUAGUUUGCAGAAUGGAGAAGACUCCUUUAGUGGAUUUGUUUCUGCCGCAACUAAUGAAGAACCUAAAAAACCAGAAGCUGACACUUUGAAAAGCGAAGAGGAAAGCUUCUUCAACCAAACAGCACCUUCAGAGAAAGAAAGAGCAAAGUUGACUAAAGAUAAUAUUUUGGCUUUGUAUGGUAAUGCGCCAUCUCUUAAUAAUUUUCCUUCAACCUAUCAAAAUCAAACAAAUUUUGGUAAUAAUCCAAAUUUUCAGAAUUAUACAGGGUAUCAGCAAACACCAGUACAACCACAGAACAGUUUACAGCAAUUUCCGGGUAACAAUCAGUUUCCUGGGCCAAUGUAUCAAUCACCACGUGGGCAGUUCAUAUCCAAUAGCCAAUUUACAACUGCUCCUUUACAACCCCAACCAAAUAUGCAAUUCGCGUCAUUGCCUAAUAAUUUUUAUUCACAGAAUGGUGCACAAUUUUAUCCUAAUUCUAACAAUACACAGCCUCAAAGAGUUCCUAUUAAUCAAUUUCCAUCACAUAAUCCUGGAUUUGUCCCACAAAAUUCUGUAGCAAAUCCCUUUUUUAAUAAUCAAGGAAUAAGUAUGCAACAACAAUUUUCAAGCCUUUCACUUAAUAACAAAACAGGUAAUUCAGGUACAACUGUAGCUACAAAUAUAUGGCAGUAAACUAAAUUUGCGCUCUUAAAUAGUUGAUAUUAUAUGCUAGCUGUGUCCAGUUUUGUUUGGCAUAAUAAGGAACUGAGUUGUUCAAAAAUCUUAUUUGCAAACUUGGUGUGUACAAGUGACUAUGAAAUUGUAACUUGAACUUUUUUGUUAUAGAUGGGUGUUGCAAUUAGUGUAAAUUUACAAAAUUUUGUAGUUAGCUUAAUAAAUUUCUUAAACUGUUUA